AUGAGCCGAAAUGUGUUUGGGAAACUGACUGGGGGGAUCGGCCCCCACCUGUGGCGAAGCAACGCCCUCGUCCUGAACACGUACAAGGCCUACUCAUCGGCCAUGGGCUGCCUCAUCCAGAGGUACGGAACCGCCAAGCCGGUGAGCAGACCCCUCGGGGGAGACAAAAAGGAGGUGUACAAAUACUACAGCGAAAGGUUACGGGAAGACGUCGGGCCGCUCAAACUGAUGAGAAGCUUGCCUGCCCUAAACCACUACGUCAAUCCGAUCGACAUGACCAAAUUCACCAUCAAGUAUAUUUUGAGUUACCGCUUCUUCUUCAUCUACAUGGCCCGCACGACGUUUCAGGCCGUCCGGCCGCUGAUGGCCUUCUGCGUCUUCGGCGAGCUGAUGAAGCUCAUACUGGCCACCAUGACGAGUGGCGUCUUCGCCUUCUUCUUUUCCUUUGUCCUCGCGUUCGAAGUGCUGUACUUCUUCCUGCAGUGCUACAUUUCCUACACCUUCCUGACUAUGUUUUUCGACGUCAUGUUUUGA